CCUGUGAAGCAUUAUGGAAAUGAAUAUAUUUUCUCUAUCUAUGAUUAUGACCUUCAACGAUACUUAUCGGCCUCUUCAUACCAACUUCAAGUUGUUACUGACCACAGUGACACCAGCAUCAUGUUUGAUGACGGUGAUAUCAUAUCAGUGGGUGAACUUGGAGUGUAUCGCAAAGAAUAUGGACAUUUGGAAUCGUUCUACUUCAACACCACAAGACCAGCCAUGGCGACAUUGUGUGCUAAUAAAUACCUUGGCGGUGAUGCUGGGUUAGUUGUAGUGCCCCCUGUGAGCCUCUACUCCAAGUUAACAACGCAAGAAGCCCCAGGUACCAUGCAGAUAUUGACAGACCAAGAAAACAACAAUGUGGACGUUCAACAAACCCAUGACACUGUCUCUACAGUUUUCAUCCCUCCCGUGACAUGGAAGAAUCUGUCAGGUACAAGAUACAAAGUGGGAACAUUGAGAGGUGGAGGAUACACAACAACCAUCCGUUCUAAUUCUACCUUUGCUGUCCUUGGAUACUAUAGAAAGACCCUAUACAACGGAGGAUACAGUUUUAGGACAUAUCGAGAUACAGAAAACUCUGCACCAGAUGAAAUGGGCAACUUAAAUACCAGUGGAAUGUUUCAAGGGGACUCUGCACCAGAUGGAAAUGGAAGCAACUUAAAUUCCAGUGGAAUGUUUCAAGCUGACAGUCCAAACAACGCUGCAGUGAUUGUGGGUGUAGUCUGUGGAAUCGUUAUUGUGGCUCUCCUGGUCGCCUUUGCGGCAUAUGUAUUCUACACCCGGAGGAAGAUGAAGCCAGUUGCAGAACUAGGAGCUGAUGCUCCUUCAAUCUCCAGGAACAUCUACGCGGAGCCUGAUAUUGUCGCUCGAGUCGCACCAGGUGAAGACACGUGCACGGAGACUUACAUUUAACUCCACACCUUGCGACAUCAACAUCAACGACAUUACUGCCAAAUAUGUCAAUUUCGAAUGUUAAUCCAAGUAAACAUGAAUCAGAAGUUUUAAGAAAACAUUUUAAGAGACAUUAUCGUGUCGUAUUGUAAAAUUCGUACAUAUUCGAACACUUUGAAAAUUCAUGUUGUACUUAUUUGUCAGCGUGAUUAUGGUUCAUUAUACCCAAAAUACCUAAAAAUAUCUUAAAUAACCAGCACGUGAACAUUCAGAGAAUAUGUGUAACUGCUGAUGUGUAUACAUAUCAGAAUACAAACCGAUAUGAUUCAUCACAUGCACAACCAAAUGACUGUAGUAUACAGAUGUUAAACCCAGAGAUUUGCUAAACAGAAUCAACUACGUUUUGAGCGAAACAUAAAACAUCGCACAGAAAAUUAGAAUAGCUUUUAUCACUUACAUGUCUGUUAUAUAUGAAUUUGUUUAGACUAAAACACAUCGUUGUUUUCUGAAAAGCUAAAAUACAGGUAGAAUCAUUUACCAUGCCCCUUCUCUGUAUAUCUUCUCUCAGGUGUGGUAGUAUAUAUUGACACAGUUUUCCAAUUCAUUCCAUAGAUUGUACUUGUCAGGGCGUUUGCAUCCUUAUUACAAAUACAUGUGGUGGUUCCUACCUUUAGGGUAAACAUGCUUACCCUUUUAGAGGCAUUGCUUAUCCUCGUAAUCUUUGUAAUUUUUGUAACUGCUAUUUUGCAUUUUCAUACACAAUCGAAUCCAUAACGUCAGAUAACCGAGACUGGUUCUAAUCUAAACUUGACGUUGUGUAUCUAUCUACGUGAAUGAAUAGGGUAAAACGAGAGUAUGUGAGUAGAGAUUUAACUCAUUUGUUUUCUAUUUCUUAUGAAGUUUAUUUGUCGUUUUGUUUUUGUUACAAAUAUAUUGUUUAUUGUUACGUUUAUUAAGUACACAGAUGUAUAUGUGAUUGGAAGUUUCAAAUGUAUGUUAUAUUGUGUUCAAAGUUAACAGAUGAUUGAACAUGCUGUAUUAUUCAAUGUACAUAUGAUAAAUAUGACAAAACGAGAGCAUGCGAGUAGAGUUUUGAUGCAUUUUAGUUUUCUAUUUCUUGUAAACUUUAUUUGUCGUUAUGUUUUUCUUGCAAAUAUAUUGUUUAUUGUUCCUUUUAUUAAGUACACAGAUGCAUAUGUUUCAAAUGUAUUUCAUAUACUGUUCAUAGUUGAUAAAUGAUUGAACAUAUUGUAUUAUUCGGAAUGGUCAAUGUACCUAUGAUUAAGUUUGUCAAUAUCAACAGAUUAUACAGGAGAUUUAUACAGAUCUUUUCUGACUGUACAAAA